AUGUUGAUGACACCGGCACUUCGAGGGGCCUCCAGCACCACUGAGGCUCUCUGGAAGAGCGAUGCGGGAGCUGGUGAUAUGGGGACAGAUCGCUACGCUGCUGGUAGCGUUAACGCAGAGGCGCCUGCACUGGGGAUGCCCUACAGAGCCACAUUGCUUGGGCGCCAGGAGGAGACAAGCAGCACAGCCACCGCUGUGGCUGGGGUGGAUCUCGACGAUAAUCCUGAAAAACGCUUUCCCCUUAGCCAAAAUAGCAAGCUUCCCUUAUUUAAAUCUCCCCUUCCCACCGUUGGAGGUGCUGGUGCCCCUGCAAACCUCUCGCAUCGCUGGAGGGUGGCUCUGGACUUCACCUUGGAUGUGGUGCAGAGCGCCGAGGGGCAGCGCUGGGUGUUUCUGAUGGCGCUUGGGGCCGUGCUGCUGUGGGAGCUGCUGGCCGCCCCUGUUGAACGCACAGUUGACGAGAGCCUCUUCGAAUACCUGGACUUCGUUGACGCAGCGGACAGAUACGGGACGCUGUGGGUCUGGGGCUACUUGGGGGUGUCUGUCGGAGCCUGCGGCGUCACCGUGAUCGUUGACCAGCUGGGCUGCCACCUCGGCAGCCGCCUCUCCCGCUUGGCUGUCCAUUUCUACGCGUAUGCCCUGCUGGCAGUACUGUCGCUGCUCGCCAACGCCUUCCUGCCCACCUAUGCUGCCAAGAAAGCUAAGCGUAUGAGCAGAACUGCCAAAGCACUGGCCCUUAUCGGUGGCGAUGGCCGCGCCGUCCUGGCUGCCGUGAACGCGGUCCUCGCUGGCGCAGCUGGCUCUGCCGCGCACAACUUCCUCUUCUGGCAGAUGGAGGACCAGGGCAGUGGCGAGAGCUACAUGGGGCUCUGGGUGGCCGUGGGGCUCGUGGCUGAGCUUGCACUUUACCCCCUCAGGGGCGAGUUGCUGCGGAUGCUGCCCGGCAGCGGCGCGGUGGCGCUAGGCCUCGGCUGCCAGGCGGCCCAGCUGCUCUGCUACUCCUUCGGCUGGGCAGCCUGGACUGCCCUGCUCGCCCAGCUCCUGUCCGCCUUCAGCAACGGCGCCUUGUGGUGGGCACUCGAGUCCACCAUGGACGACGUCGCUACCCCUGGCAUGGAGAGGGCGCUGCGUGCCCUGCUCCGCGGCCUCGCGCAGGGCGCGGGGGCCGCGCUGGGCAGCCUGGCGGGGGGCUUGGUUGUGGACAGCUUCGGCCUGGCCGUGCUCUAUCGGGCCUGCAGCGCCGGCCUGCUCCUCUGGCUCUGCCUCUUCCUCACUCUGCAGUCCAGGUUGCCUCGGCAGAAAAAAAUCAACUAUUCCCAUCUCCUGGCUGCCGAUUCCAGCGAUGCGAGCGACUCUGAGGAGGAGAAGGAAAGGGACUGGCUGGGCAAAGCUAUGAAAGAUGACAGCUUUGGUAGGAAUUGGUAG